CAGUAUUACAGCUUUCAUAGUGAUGCAACAGUUCACAAACUUCACUGAACUGUGUAAGCGCGGAAUCAAUUGGCCCUUAAAGUAAUGAGAACUACAGAGGGGUUCAGCUAUGUCAUAAUGUCUUGUUCCUGUCCAGGGUUAGCUGACUCCUAUACUAGCUGACCAUCUUACUGUUGCCUGACUGUUGUCUGACUGUUAUCUUGUCCCGCUACUGGGUUCAGCUGACUCCUACACUAGCUGACCAUCUGACUGUUGCCUGACUGUUGUCUGACUGUUAUCUUGUCCCGCUACUGGGUUCAGCUGACUCCUACACUAGCUGACCAUCUGACUGUUGGCUUAUUGUCUGACUGUUGUCUAACUGUUAUCUUGUCCCACUACAGGGUUCAGCUGACUCCUACACUAGCCGACCAUCGGACUCAGAUGUCUCCCUGGAGGAGGAGCCAACAGGCGGCAAGCUGGAGAAGGAGCAGCAGGCUGCUGUACAGCUGGAGAGGGCCAAGGUGAGACAGAUUUCUGCUAGGUGUCCUAUUGUGGAGCCUUAUGCUAUGCUACUGUACUAUCACAGACAUAUACCUUCAGAACAAGGCCCCUAUCAUUGGGAAUGUCCCAGCAGGCAAGGCUGGUUGAAAUUACGUUAUGUAGUCCCCUGUAGCUCAGUUGGUAGAGCAUGGCGCUUGCAACGCCAGGGUUGUGGGUUCGUUUCCCACAGGGGGCCUGUAUGAAAAUGUAUGCACUCGCUAACUGUAAGUCGCUCUGGAUAAGAGCGUCUGCUAAAUGAUUACAAUGUAAUGUACAAUGUAAUUACAACCACAUUAAAACCAGAACUGGCAUCUUUGCUACCAGCAAUGCCCACUGGGUUAUGGUUAAGCUUAUCUAGCUAGUUAGGCACUGUUCUUAUACAUGGUGUUUCCUGUAUCGUCUCAGGCCAAAGCGGUGGCCUUUGCUGUGAAGACUAACGUCAGUUACUGUGGAGCCCUGGAUGAGGAUGUCCCUGUGGCAGGAACCGCCAUCUCCUUCGAUGCCAAGGACUUCCUGCACAUUAAAGAGGUACAGCAUAUAUAACACACUGUACUGCUAAAGCUAUGGCUCCGUCUCAAAUGGCAUCCUAUUCCCUAUGUAGUGCAUAUAUAGGGAAUAGUGUGCCAGCUCUGGCCAAAAGUAGUGCACUAUUUAGGGAAUAGGGUGCCAUUUCAGACAGCCUAUGUUUGCUUCAAGCCACAUCUGUUCACGGGCCAUUAUGGAUGAAGCAAUAUCAAUAAUGCAUGUCCCGCUUUGGAAUCAAUGGAGUCACAUAGAGUGUGUAUACAGCCUGGUAUGUCUGUGGAGUUUACAUACUCUCUUCCGUUCUAUUCUAAGACAUUGGUUUUGUGUUGCCUUGCCCAUAGUCACAUACUGUAUAGUGUGUAUGUCUGUGGAGUUUACAUACUCUCUUCUGUUCUGAGUGAUUGUGUUGUUUUGUGUUGUCUUGCCCACUACAGAAGUACAGCAAUGAGUGUAUAUGUCUGUGAAUGUAACACUUCAACACACACACACACACACACUGCACACACACUUCAGUCAUUGAGUUGUUUUAUGUUGUCUUCCCCAUUACAGAAGUACAGUAAUGACUGGUGGAUCGGCCGGCUGGUGAAGGAGGGCUGUGAGAUCGGAUUCAUCCCCAGCCCUCUGAAACUGGAUAACAUUCGUCUACAGCAGGAGCAGAAGAGGGGCACACGCUCUUACGGGUAAAGCCUGGGUAGAGGGGCUGGGGGUGGUGUAUUGAGGUGCUAAGUUGGGCUUGGUUGGGUGGAGGGGCUGUGUUAGAGGGUGGGUUGGGGAUUGGAGAGGGGCCAACAAUUGAUAAGAACUUUCAUGAAUAAGCAGUAAUCAACUAUUUAUAAACAACUUUAUUAAGCAUUUAUAAAAGUUAUUAUAAAAAGUUACUGAAGUACGAUGACAAGCCACCUACUCUCCACUCCAGGCCUGACUCUGCUGUGACUAUGUGGUUUACUCAUAACAGAUCAGAGAUGACUCAUAAUAACAGAUCAGACAUUACUCAUAAGAAGAGAUCAGAGAUUACUCAUAAUAACAGAUCAGAGAUUACUCAUAAUAACAGAUCAGACAUUACUCAUAAGAAGAGAUCAGAGAUUACUCAUAAUAACAGAUCAGAGAUUACUCAUAAUAACAGAUCAGACAUUACUCAUAAGAAGAGAUCAGAGAUUACUCAUAAUAACAGAUCAGAGGUUACUCAUAAUAACAGAUCAGACAUUACUCAUAAGAAGAGAUCAGAGGUUACUCAUAAUAACAGAUUGGUGACGUGUUUCUUAGGUGACAUUAAUAUGAUAAGAGAUUAUAUGCGUCAUCAUAUAUAAUUUUCCUCAGCUAUGCUUUAACUAUUUGUUGUCUAUUUUAAAGGACAUUUUGUCUUCCCCGUUGGCCUCAUGUUGCAGAGGGUUACAUUAUGUAACAGUUGUGGUAAAACAGUGGGUAUGUCGUCUCACAUAGUGCCGUGAUAGAUAUCAUCUCCAAGACGAUCACGGCUCAUUCCAGCCCUGUGUUAUCAUAAUCAUUUCUGGAACAACGUAUAGUCAAUACUUAUAUAGUCUUCCAUGUACUUAUAGUAUUCAUCCAAUUACAUUCUACUGUUGGAUAAUUAUAUUCUACUGUUAAAUAUUCAACAUGGACACAAACUUUAUUUUAGAAGUGCAUUUAACACUGCAACACACUUUACAGUAAAAUAAUACAAUUAAAGAGAUAAAAACAAGCAAACGGCAAUAACUGAGAAUAAUAAAGUAACAUUAAAACACCAAGGAUGUCUAAAGUAAUAAUAAAAUUACUGAUUAAAGUAAGAGAAUUGUUAGUGACCCUGUUUCUCCUGGGGAUGGGAGUUCUGUUUGACUCUGUGAUUAAUGUGUUCCACAUUAAUGAUUCUUCUCUCUCUCUCUGUCUGUUAUCCUUUGUGCCUUGCAGUAAGUCCAGUGGGAAUUCCUCCUCCAGUCUAGGAGACAUGGUUUCAGGCGGGUUCAAACCUAACCCUCCCUCUGCAGGUGAGCCUCCAGACAGAAGCCUAUUAGGGAAGGGCGUCUCACCAGGUGGAGCGUCUCGUUAGUUGUUUGUCAGAAUGAAUCAUUAACCAACCAGAGCUAUGAUCUAAUUGUCCCUGUCUCUAACAUAACAUAUCAUUGUUGCUCAGUGUGUUGUUUAUUAACAUAUCAAAUCCAGUGUGAGAACUGUCAGUUACUUCACAUUUGUGAACUAUGAACUGAAUGGUUAUCAGAGUAUACGUACCCAAUGUCAUUGUUCUACACUAGCGAAAAUUUUUUUGUUACAUUUUCGUCUAAUAUCUUUAAAAUGCUGCACCUGCUCAAUCCAAACUUGUCGAGUAAGUUAAUAUGUCAAAUGGAAAACAGUGGCUGGAGGUUGGGUGGAUGGAAUGUGGAGUUGUGAGAUCUUUGUGUCUUCCAGAAUGUGCCAUGUAUUGGACUGGAAUGAGGUCGGCCAUGCACUCUCAGUCCGCUCCUCCUCCUCUUCCUCCAAGAGUAUUAUGGACAAGCGUUAUGUCCUUGCAAUGAGUUUGCUUUAAGUCAAGCAUAACCAUAUAGUCCAAACUCUGCGUUAUCCAAUUAUAAGGAUUUUCUCCAUCUUAUAGCGAGGGCCACUAAACAUAAAUUGAAAUAAUACUCUCUCUUUAUUUCAAUUUAUUUAUAAGACACCAAACACUUUUAUAUGAUAAUGCAACUUCAGAGUUAGUUAUCAAGUGCAACCAAUGUCUGUCACCUGCAAAGGAAGGUUUGGAAAAGAAGCAACAAAUAAAUCAAGUGUUUUGACCACUAAUAUACUGUAUACAUACUGUAUAUUUGAUACUUCAUUUAUUUGUGUGAUAAUAAGUUAUUUGCAUCCACCAUUGUACUAUUCAAAUAUUUCCAUCAACUGUUUCAACCCACCCACUGGGUAUUAAAGUACUGUAAUACUGAAAAGGUAUCACUGUAAUGUUUUGUACUACAGGUACAAAAGGUCUCUGCUUUGCAUUCAAAGGCACUUAUCAGUUAUUUUCUCUUUUUGACAGGAAAACAGAAGCAGAAGGUGGUGAGUAGUAAACAGACUUUUCAUUCAUUAAUCCACAUACAACCCUAACAGGUACCCUCCAAGAUCUGUAACUUCACAGAAACUGGUUGCACCCAGAAUCAUAAGUUCGGUUGGCAUGUCAUCCUCCAUAUCAAAGUUUAUAUUUCUAUUUUAGGCAUACAGAAUGAUACUAACUUAUAGGUUUGAUUUGCUCUUUAUUCACCCCCAUGAAUCUCUUAUGAAAACUAUACUAUAUUUUUUUGAUCAGCUUUAAUAUUGCAAAUAGAUUGUGGCUUCCAUCAAUGUAAUUGGCUGCAUCAUUUCCAAUCCCCCAUAUAUUUUUUGUAAAUAUAUAUAUAAAAUAUAUAUAUAUAUUUUUUAAAUAUAUAUUUUCCUUUAUUAUUUUCCCCUAACCCUACCACCUCUCCCCUAAUUGGAGUAAACUAAUCGACAACAACAGAUACUAUAAAGUAUCUUUGCAGACCUGAUUGAGCUCACUUUAAUACCAUUUAGACCUGUCUACUUUUAUUUAAUUCCAGCCCUGGCAAGGUCCAGGGAUUAAUGAUGCUAUUAAAUUCAUUGACCAAAAAACUAUAGAGGUUGCAUUAAAUCAUGGAUGGGCAACUGGUGGCCCCACUUUUGUAGGCCGCAGAUCACUCAGUCGUGGUCUCAACUUACUGUUGAGAGUUAGAAUAGUUGAAUACACAAGGUGCAAUUUCAAAAUGUGGUUGUGCAUCAGCAGUUUUUCUCUUGUUAUGUCAGACACUCAAUUAGUCCAUGUUUGAUUGGAAGUUAGUCUAGCCAGCUAUCUAGACUUGUAGUAGUCAUGGUUGAAUUACCGACUGGGGAGCCCCCAUUGAUAUGUUAGUCACUCUCACUCAGAUAUAAUUUUAAAAACUGCAAACAGUUCUCUACACUCUAUGGCAAAAUGUGUAGAAUUGCAGGAAAUGAGCUGUAAGACUGACCCCCACCCCCAUCAAAGUUGCCCAUCCCUGCAUUAAAUUAAUUGGAUAGCUCGUCUUUAAUCUGCUGGCAGUAUUCUUUGUAAUAACACUUUGUCAGGACAUUAUCAGGAAGUAAAACAGAACUGUCUAAAUGUCGUAAUAGCAUCACUUAACAGCGGAUAGCUGUAAUACAUCCAGCUACUGUUAUACUCAUUCUCAUUCAACAUCCAUUGGUAACACGUUGCAUAAAGUUGUUAUUGCACAUAAGUAGUAACACUGUAAAUACACAGACAAACUUUCUUGGCAUGUAAUAAAACCUAAUAAAACUACUUAAUAAUGGUGAAUGGCAUGUUACAUGUUGCUGAGGUGUCUGUCCUCCCUCUAACCCUCUACCUCCACUACAGACUGAACACAUCCCUCCCUAUGACGUGGUCCCCUCUAUGAGACCAGUGGUCCUGGUAGGACCGUCCCUGAAGGGAUAUGAGGUAGGCCUCAUAGCAAUAAUACUUUCGGUCUCUUGGUGUUGUAUUGGUCAAGUGUUUUAUUAAGCCUCCAAAAUAGCUAUUCAGAACGACUGCAAUAUUUGGUUGUGUGCCAUACAUUACACCACAGUGACACCAAUUCCCAGCUCUCCCUUUUGUAAUCAAUAUUGAGGACUGUCAGCGUGUAGACUAGAGGUUAAGAUGCAGCUUCAUUGAAGAGGUUUACCAACACAUUCGCUGACAGUGAAUAACUCCCCCGUUCAUUAUCAGAGUAGAUAUUUGGAGGUUUCCAAAAAGAACAGCUACAGUGAGGGAAAAAAGUAUUUGAUCCCCUGCUGAUUUUGUACGUUUGCCCACUGACAAAGAAAUGAUCAGUCUAUCAUUUUAAUGGUAGGUUUAUUUGAACAGUGAGAGACAGAAUAACAACAAAAAAAUCCAGAAAAACACAUGUCAAACAUUUUAUAAAUUGAUUUGCAUUUUAAUGAGGGAAAUAAGUAUUUGACCCCCUCUCAAUCAGAAAGAUUUCUGGCUCCCAGGUGUCUUUUAUACAGGUAACGAGCUGAGAUUAGGAGCACACUCUUAAAGGGAGUGCUCCUAAUCUCAGCUUGUUACCUGUAUAAAAGACACCUGUCCACAGAAGCAAUCAAUCAAUCAGAUUCCAAACUCUCCACCAUGGCCAAGACCAAAGAGCUCUCCAAGGAUGUCAGGGACAAUAUUGUAGACCUACACAAGGCUGGAAUGGGCUACAAGACCAUCGCCAAGCAGCUUGGUGAGAAGGUGACAGCAGUUGGUGCGAUUAUUCGCAAAUGGAAGAAACACAAAAUAACUGUCAAUCUCCCUCGGCCUUGGCUCCAUACAAGAUCUCACCUCGUGGAGUUGCAAUGAUCAUGAGAACGGUGAGGAAUCAGCCCAGAACUACACGGGAGGAUCUUGUCAAUGAUCUCAAGGCAGCUGGGACCAUAGUCACCAAGAAAACAAUUGGUAACACACUACGCCGUGAAGGACUGAAAUCCUGCAGCGCCCGCAAGGUCCCCCUGCUCAAGAAAGCACAUAUACAUGCCCGUCUGAAGUUUGCCAAUGAAUAUCUGAAUGAUUCAGAGGAGAACUGGGUGAAAGUGUUGUGGUCAGAUGAGACCAAAAUGGAGCUCUUUGGCAUCAACUCAACUCGCCGUGUUUGGAGGAGGAGGAAUGCUGCCUAUGACCCCAAGAACACCAUCCCCACCGUCAAACAUGGAGGUGGAAACAUUAUGCUUUGGGGGUGUUUUUCUGCUAAGGGGACAGGACAACUUCACUGCAUCAAAAGGACGAUGGACGGGGCCAUGUACCGCCAAAUCUUGGGUGAGAACCUCCUUCCCUCAGCCGGGGCAUUGAAAAUGGGUCAUGGAUGGGUAUUCCAGCAUGACAAUGACCCAAAACACACGGCCAAGGCAACAAAGGAGUGGCUCAAGAAGAAGCACAUUAAGGUCCUGGAGUGGCCUAGCCAGUCUCCAGACCUUAAUCCCAUAGAAAAUCUGUGGAGGGAGCUGAAGGUUCGAGUUGCCAAACUUCAGCCUCGAAACCUUAAUGACUUGGAGAAGAUCUGCAAAGAGGAGUGGGACAAAAUCCCUCCUGAGAUGUGUGCAAACCUGGUGGCCAACUACAAGAAACGUCUGACCUCUGUGAUUGCCAACAAGGGUUUUGCCACCAAGUACUAAGUCAUGUUUUGCAGAGGGGUCAAAAACGUAUUUCCCUCAUUAAAAUGCAAAUACAUUUAUAACAUUUUUGACAUGCGUUUUUCUGGAUUUCUUUGUUGUUAUUCUGUCUCUCACUGUAAAAAUAAACCUACCAUUAAAAUUAUAGACUGAUCAUUUAUUUGUCAGUGGGCAAACGUACAAAAUCAGCAGGGGAUCAAAUACUUUUUUCCCUCACUGAAUGUCUGACCUAUCCAUUCAUUCCUAACUAACCACCAAUGGGGCUUGCAGAAAAAAGAGGGCAGCAUCUUUUCCCCGGCAUGUAUGGGGGGAAGUGGAGAGCCAGGAUCAUCUUCACACAGAAUCACAGUCCUCAUCUCCGCUCUACUGUGUUGCCAUGGUAACAACCUUCUGGGUAAAACACGUCAGUCUGAAAAAUUGGAGCAUGGCUUGAAAUUAGAAACACAGAGAUAAACAGCACCAGAAGAUCUGUGUGUGUACAAAAAAAAUGUGUUGGUUAUGAUGAUAAUACAGCAAAAAAAAUAUUUUGCAGGGACAAGGUUAUGCAAAUGUGGAUGGAAUGGGGGCACAAUUUGGUCUUCUUAAUGUGAUUUUUUUGCUCAACUUACAGAGACGUGUGUAUUGGUCCAAAAUAUCAAAUUACACUACUGUCUUGUGUGAACAGAAUGAUGAUGUUGUCAAGAGAGCUUACACAACACCCGUUUUUCUUCUAAAAAUGUCCCUAGUGAAAUAUAAAAAAUGUCAAUGUUGCUGUUAACUAUAAAGAAUAUGGUUAUUUCUGUGUGCAAAGGACACAAAAAGUUUUUGGAUAUACCAUAUAACAAUUGCUCCACACUGCUCCUUGCUAGCCUUGUCCUUGAAACUACAGUUCUUCCCAGCUUCAGUGUAAUUCAAAUACCUUGCAAAAAUAGCAUUAAUGGAGACUGGUCUGGCCUGCUAUAGCCCAAUUCAUCACAUCGGCAUUGGUCUUUAUGACACUUCAUUGUAGGCCUUAAUCACCUUAUUUAAUGUAACCAGGAUUAAUUCUUUAGAAAAUGAAGUGGAAAGAAACCAGAGAUCCUGCUGCUCCUUUGAUGGAUGUCUUGGCCCAGUGGGAUAAAUCUAAGGCAGGGCCAGAGGAGCCUGAAUGGACCUUCUGGGUGGAUGUCAUAAUGAGGAAUAUGGAGAAAUCUUUAUUGGAUGGAUAAUGGUGGUGGAUGGGGAAGAUGGGACGAUCUUGAUUUAGCACUAAUACUGAAAUCGAAAAGGAUUACAACUGUAAUUUUGACUUCUUUGGGCACCUUUGACCAUAACAUGUGCUAUUUAUAAACAUUGCCCAUCAGGGUAUGUAGCUUCAGCAUAUGAAAAGGGUCUUGCAAGGGUUCUUCCAGGCUUGCUAUAGCUAUGAGGAAUUGUCAAUGAUUUUCUACUGGCUUAUUUCCUUGCUGUCUGUCUGUCUUAACCCUCUCUCACUUGUCCUGUUACUCACUCUCUCUCUUUCCCUCCUUUUUCCUCCCUCUUUUCUUCCCUUUUUUCUGUCUGCCAUUCUCUGCUGCUUCCGGGCUCUGUGUGCAGGUGACAGACAUGAUGCAGAAAGCACUCUUUGAUUUCCUGAAGCACAGGUUUGAUGGCAGGUGAGGAGUCAUCAGCCCUUUUCCUGCAUAUUGUCGCCAGCCCUUUCCCUUUCCCUGCAUACUGUACUAACUCUCUGCAGGCUUACUGUAGCAUCAUGCUCUCAGCUGCUCCACUUACCCUCAUGCAAACUACUAUAGCUAGAGCAAAAAAUAUGUAAAGCAGUUGUAAAUGAAUUUAAUGAGUUGUCAAAGUACCUUAUUUGACCACCUGUUUUGACUAGGUCUUUCCUUACAUUUUCUAAACAUUCUGGUAACCAUACAUUACUAGUCUGGAUUGUGAAUAACAUGUUGUGCUGUAUGUUCUCAUAUUCUGUCUCUCUUGAUUCUAUAACUUGUAGGAUAUCUAUUACAAGGGUAACGGCAGACAUCGCUCUGGCCAAGAGGUCGGUGCUCAACAACCCCAGCAAGAGGGCCAUCAUCGAAAGAUCCAACACCAGGUCCAACCUAGGUAUCAUCACAAUGGCAUUGAAUGCUAUCAUUCUUUACUUUACUGUGUAUAUAUUGUAUAUGUUAAAAAGGAAGUUACAUACAUGUAUGCAUAUAAUAUAUUUUUCAAAUCUGAUAAAGGAUCUGUUUUACAAAGAAUUUGUGGAAUUGAUGUCUUCUGAUCUUGGCGAUAUAAAUAGAUUCAUCCUGUCUGUGAUCUAUCUCCUUGUUCCUGUACAGCGGAGGUUCAGAGUGAGAUUGAGAGGAUAUUUGAGCUGGCCAGAUCCUUACAGUUGGUGGUUCUGGAUGCUGACACAAUCAACCAUCCGGCCCAGCUCAUAAAGACGUCUUUAGCACCUAUCAUCGUCCAUGUUAAAGUGUCCUCUCCUAAGGUAAUUGUUUGGCUUCCCUUUAUACCCAAAUGGUUCUAAUUUUACUACUGUACCUGGGUUGGAAAUGGGAGGGAAUCCAGAGGAACCAGGCUCCGGGAGUGAAAUGCUUUUGACAUCUACAAAUACUUUUUUUAAGGUGAAUUCGAGGAUUUGACAUUGGUGGGUUCCCACUGUGACCUUUUUCCAUUUCCAACCCUGACCCAUGCUGAUUUGUGUUGCUGCCCUCUUCUGGCUUGAUUUAUAUAUAAACUAUCCACAGGUUCUGCAGCGGCUGAUCAAGUCGAGAGGGAAAUCCCAGAGCAAACACUUGAAUGUGCAGCUGGUGGCAGCAGACAAACUAGCACAGUGCCCCCCGGUAGGCAUCCAAUAUUCCCCACAGUACACUCUGUCAACUGCUACAUCUUGCUACUGUCUCUGGCCUUCACAAGGACUAUUAGCAAAUCAGUCAAUCAAGUCUAAUUAUGCAUGUCUCUCUGCCCUCACCCUCUCUCUCUCUCUGUCUGUCUCUCUCUUUCCCCUCCCCUCUCUCUCAGGAAAUGUUUGACAUCAUUCUGGAUGAGAAUCAGCUGGAGGAUGCAUGUGAACACCUGGCAGAGUACCUGGAGGCCUACUGGAGGGCCACUCACACCUCCCUGACCACCCCUCUCAACCCUCUGCUGGGCCGCAACCUGGGAUCCACCGCUCUCUCUCCGUACCCCACAGCCAUAACUGGGCUGGUGAACCAACAGGUGAUUCUAAUUAAGCAAUAAGGCCCGAGGGGGUGUGGUAUAUGGCUAAUAUACAGUGGGGGAAAAAAGUAUUUAGUCAGCCACCAAUUGUGCAAGUUCUCCCACUUAAAAAGAUGAGAGAGGCCUGUAAUUUUCAUCAUAGGUACACGUCAACUAUGACAGACAAAAUGAGAAAAGAAAUUCCAGAAAAUCACAUUGUAGGAUUUUUAAUGAAUUUAUUUGCAAAUUAUGGUGGAAAAUAAGUAUUUGGUCAAUAACAAAAGUUUCUCAAUACUUUGUUAUAUACCCUUUGUUGGCAAUGACACAGGUCAAACGUUUUCUGUAAGUCUUCACAAGGUUUUCACACACUGUUGCUGGUAUUUUGGCCCAUUCCUCCAUGCAUAUCUCCUCUAGAGCAGUGAUGUUUUGGGGCUGUCGCUGGGCAACACGGACUUUCAACUCCCUCCAAAGAUUUUCUAUGGGGUUGAGAUCUGGAGACUGGCUAGGCCACUCCAGGACCUUGAAAUGCUUCUUACGAAGCCACUCCUUCGUUGCCCGGGCGGUGUGUUUGGGAUCAUUGUCAUGCUGAAAGACCCAGCCACGUUUCAUCUUCAAUGCCCUUGCUGAUGGAAGGAGGUUUUCACUCAAAAUCUCACGAUACAUGGCCCCAUUCAUUCUUUCCUUUACACGGAUCAGUCGUCCUGGUCCCUUUGCAGAAAAACAGCCCCAAAGCAUGAUGUUUCCACCCACAGUAGGUAUGGUGUUCUUUGGAUGCAACUCCGCAUUCUUUGUCCUCCAAACACGACGAGUUGAGUUUUUACCAAAAAGUUAUAUUUUGGUUUCAUCUGACCAUAUGACAUUCUCCCAAUCCUCUUCUGGAUCAUCCAAAUGCACUCUAGCAAACUUCAGACCUGGCCUGGACAUGUACUGGCUUAAGCAGGGGACACGUCUUGCACUGCAGGAUUUGAGUCCCUGGCGGCGUAGUGUGUUACUGAUGGUAGGCUUUGUUACUUUGGUCCCAGCUCUCUGCAGGUCAUUCACUAGGUCCCCCCGUGUGGUUCUGGGAUUUUUGCUCACCGUUCUUGUGAUCAUUUUGACCCCACGGGGUGAGAUCUUGCGUGGAGCCCCAGAUCGAGGGAGAUUAUCAGUGGUCUUGUAUGUCUUCCAUUUCCUAAUAAUUGCUCCCACAGUUGAUUUCUUCAAACCAAGCUGCUUACCUAUUGCAGAUUCAGUCUUCCCAGCCUGGUGCAGGUCUACAAUUUUGUUUCUGGUGUCCUUUGACAGCUCUUUGGUCUUGGCCAUAGUGGAGUUUGGAGUGUGACUGUUUGAGGUUGUGGACAGGUGUCUUUUAUACUGAUAACAAGUUCAAACAGGUGCCAUUAAUACAGGUAACGAGUGGAGGACAGAGGAGCCUCUUAAAGAAGAAGUUACAGGUCUGUGAGAGCCAGAAAUCUUGCUUGUUUGUAGGUGACCAAAUACUUAUUUUCCACCAUAAUUUGCAAAUAAAUUAAUUAAAAAUCGUACAAUGUGAUUUUCUGGAUAUUUUUUUCUCAAUUUGUCUGUCAUAGUUGACGUGUACCUAUGAUGAAAAUUACAGGCCUCUCUCAUCUUUUUAAGUGGGAGAACUUGCACAAUUGGUGGCUGACUAAAUACUUUUUUUCCCCACUGUACCACGACUAAGAACUGUUCUUAAGCACGACGCAACGCGUCGUGCCUGGAUAUAGCCCUUAGCCGUGGUAUAUUGGCCAUAUACCACAAACCCCAGAGGUGCCUUAUUGCUAUUAUAAACUAGUUACCAACGUAAUUAGAGCAGUAAAAAUACAUGUUUUGUCAUACCCGUGGUAUACAGUAUGUUCUGAUAUACCACAGCUGUCAGCCAAUCAGCAUUCAGGGCUUGAACCACCCAGUUUAUAAUUGACCUUAUUUAGUCAGAUAGGGGGUUAAAGUACAAUAGAUAUGGUGGCAAUAGCUAUAAUGACUGUUUAUUUUGCUGAAUUAUCGUUGGGCAAAUUGGUUGCAAAUAAUUAAUUGGAAAAGGUAUCAGUCAGUAGUGAAAUAAUACAGGAUAGUUGCCUAUUUAUGGAGUCUUACAAUCAUUGAGGUUUUUCUCACUAUAUUAAUAAAGUAUUGUCACAGUAAUGAAAAUGCUGAUGCUAUAGUCAACGGCUGAAUGACCAGAUUCAUACAAUAUGUCCCCUCCUUCUCCCUGGAUAGGGCCAAAGAAAUACAAACAGGAACAGCAAUCACACGGCAGGAGACCACUCGCCCAUCGAGCGACACAGCCUGAUGCUCUCAGACGAGAACUACCACAAUGAGCGGCAGAGGAAGAGCCGUAACCGUCUAUCCUCCGGCUCACAGCACAGCCGGGACCAGGUCCACUACCCCCUGGUGGAGGAGGACUAUCAUGACCCCUACCAGGACACGUACAAGCCCCACCGCAACCGAAACGGCUCCCCCGGAGGCUACAGCCAUGACUCCAGGCACAGGCUUUGAGAUGAAGACCCUUAUAUCACAUAGGCCUCUCUUCCCUUCACAUUGAGUAUGACAGAGCCACAAGACAGCUUUCUAGUUUAAUUGUACUGUAACAACCUUUUUAUAAAGCGUUAGUUAGUAACUCGCUUUACCUCUGGCACUGGUUCACGCUGGAAACGUGAACAUUGACCAACUGAAAAUCAAAUCUCGAUGCCUCUAAAAAUAGGAUGAGGAGCAGAUUUUCACCAUGUUUUUUUUUUUAAGGGAAGGCCCAACUCUGGGCUCAUCUUCUUCUUUUCAACAUGGCAGAGACUUGACAUGGCUGGAUGAAAGGGGUGACCAUGUGGUCCUCGACUCCCUGCUGUCUCAGUGUUAGCAUGGGUAGCUGUCGUGGUAGUCAUGGUGACCCAUUAUCACCUGCCUUGAACCAGUGCCAGACAGCGCCAAGCGUCCCUCGAUCAGCAGAGAACCUCUUUGCACGUUUCCAGGAGCCAAUAGCAGCAGAGUCAGUGCACUGUAUCUUUAAUUAAUGUCACUAAGUUGUUUGAAAUUGUCUUGGAUGUUAGUGUUUCCAGUCCUGUAGCCUAUAACCUGCUUCUCAGAGCAGGCAAAGUUUCUGUUUUGCAAAAUGUUGAGUGAUUAUUUAGGAGGGUUCUGAAUCGGACUGAAUUUCCUGGACUUCUAUCCCCUUCUUCUUCUCAAUGAUACUUAGUGCCAUUUGUGACAUGCCGCAUCAGGACAGAAAAUCACACUUUUCUAAGUAGAAUUUGCUGAGCUGCAAGUUUCAUAUUGUGUACUCUUUCAGGAAAGGGUACAUCCCUUCUUUAUAUACAGUACCUUAACACUCUAGUGUGAGGACUUUGCCUAUCAGUUUAGAAUGCUGCAUCCAAGAGGAAAUAGCCUAAUUCAAGUUAGUAGAUCUCAAGACUAGGCAUCCAAUGUAGAGAGGGGCAAUAUGCCCCUGUGUUCUUAGUUUCAAUUGUUCAAAUGGGUUUCAGAGGAUAGGCUCAGUGAAGAUGGCUAUACUUCCAAUCAGGGGAAUAUUGAUCAUUUGAUUGGUUUACCACAUCCCAUUUUCUGUACAAGCAGCCUCUGAUAGUGAUUUCAUUUGCAUCAUAUUUUAUUCUCUUCAAAGAAAUACCUGCUGUCCAUUCAGCAAAGCUUCAUUGGUUUAGAAUUAUCAAUGCCAUCAUGUAUUUUUGUCAAUAUACAGUAUGUCAUGGAAUAAUGAUCCAGUGCUGUUAUGUAUGUGUUGCUGCGAUUGAAAAACCAGUAGGACACUGUAGUUGAGUAAGUGACUGUUGAUUAUGGCACUCACAUUUCAACAAUGAAAUUAGUCAACACAUUAGAGGAAGAGAAGGCUUCAGUCUGCUGUGAAGUUAUAUUGUCAGAAAGGUUUGUGAUUCUGACAUCAAACACUUGGUCAAUAUUAUUUGCUUUCCAACCAUCGGCUAUUCUAUGUUAAUGCCCCAUUUUAAAGUCUUCCAUAUACUGGCCGUUAAAAGAAAAUUGUUGUCUUUUAAAGAACAAUUUUACUUUCCCAAGAAUUUGCGUAUCAUAACACAAAUUACUUGUUCACAGCCUUAUUGCUUAACCCAGGCCUUGCGUUAAACUUCGUUCUCUUUUCAUACUUCCUUUCUUUUUUAACACUGUAGCAAUGGAGUGGUUUCUCUCCUAAUCAUAUACAUAUCCUCAAAAUGUAGCAUUUUAGUUAAGAGUUUUCAAGGUCUAUAUGGUUAGCUAAUUAUAGAAGAUAAGUCGUGUAGAGACUGUGAAGGGACAGACUGGGGAGGUGGUGGAUAGAAGUUUAUGUCAGAUAAUGUCUCUCUAUAUACUAUGAGUUGUGUGUUGUGCACCAAUACCGGUGUGCAUCAUUAUUAUAUUUUCUUCUUCUUCUUCGAAUGCCUUCUUCUAUUGCCAAGAAAGCUUGAUUUCUGUUUAUGCUGUAUUCUAUAUAGGCAUGCUGGUAAAGAGAAAAACAAAGAAGACAAACUAAUCUAGUGAAAAAAUAUAAUUUACUAUGCAAAUGUCUACAGUGCUGCAUGCUGAUGUUUUUCCUUCCUCGGCUACUUAGCGGCUUCAUUGCAGUUCAAUGAUUGUGUUAUUGUUAUUUUUGUGAAAGAUGACAUUCAAAAGGGAAAUGCAUAACUGCAUGACUAAUACAUUUUAAUUCAUCAAGAAGAAAGAGAAAUGUUUUAUGGAAAAUUGAUGUAUAAUGAGAACCA